CGGAGAAGACAACAUCGCCGCUCUUCUAGAAGAUGAGCUUUCUGAUUUUGAAGAGACCGAUGAUGAGAUCGAUUCGUUAUCUGAUCAUGACCAUGAUAAGGAAAAGGAGGAUCAAGGAGAAUCUGCAACGGAGCAAGAGAGUGAAUCCGAAAUUCAAGAAAAUACUGAUGCUGACAUGAAUCCAAUUUCCUUAACGGCAAUCCUAAAUAGUGGUAUUGACGCAACCAACAUUUACAUCCUACCACCUCAUCGUCGGUGUGCAUGCCACACAUUAAACCUGAUUUGCAAGUGUGACAUCUAUAAGGAUCUAGAACCGGCUCUCAAGAACCUAAUGGAGGCAACCGAUAAGAAACUGACUGCUAUCUGGAAUAAGCAAAAUCGAAGCUCUAAGGCUUCUGACACGAUCAUAGAGAGCCUUGGGAUGCUCUUUAUCAUUCAUAAUGAAACUCGUUGGAAUUCUUAUUUCAAUGCCAUGCAACGAGCCAAAUACUUCGUCACAAAGAAAAGGACCGAACUUAAAGCACUUUUUGAACAAUUCGGGAUUGCGUAUUUCCGCCCAGCCGAAGAGGAAUUCAUUCGUGAAUACGUCAAAGUGAUGGAGCCUAUAUCAGAAGCAUUGAAUGUUCUUCAAGCAGACGUCAACAUCUCUAUCGGUUAUUUACUUCCUACGCUUACCAUCCUUCUCAAUAAGAUGGAAAACCUGAAGGAGAAAGGCGGCAUCAAGCACUGCAAACCUCUCCUAAACACAAUGAUCGAAUCAGUAAAGCGAAGAUUUGCUGAAAGUUUGGCUGACGCAGAGUUGUACAUCGCCGCCAUGGUACAUCCUCUCUUCAAGGCAAAAUGGAUGCCGGAAGGCGAGGAGCGUGAUGCUAAAGUCCAAGGUAUUGUAGACGUCUUUCGAUCCUUCAAGAACGACCAAGUUGACUUGGAAAAUAGGAAGCAGUCUUAUUCAGCGGCCGAUGGUAUUCAAAGCGAGGAUUCGGACUACAGCCCGCAGAGAAAGAAGACCAAGAAAGAUUUCUUCAAAUCAAUUUUGACAAACACAGUACCAGCGGAAUCCAACGAGGUUGAUUUGUUCCUUGCCGACCAGUCUACAAAGAUAAGCAGCCUGAACAAAUACCCAACCAUUAAGGCCAUAUUUAUCAAGUACAAUGCUGCAUUUCCUUCCUCGGCCUCUGUCGAGCGCUUAUUCAGCGUUGCAGGAAGGAUUUUUACCCCACUAAGGGGUCGUUUGUCAGACAAAAACUUUGAACGCAUGUUAUUAUUAAAAGUAAACAAGUUCAUUGAUUCAUAAACUAAUUCUUUCAAUCUGAAAUACAAGACAAUAAG